GCAUCUGAAGUAAAUAUUUAGCCUUCACUGAACACACCCUCAAGAAAAUGUAAACAAAACUUCAAUGUUUUCUUUUUUUUAUUAUCAACAACACGCGGUUUUUUCUUUUUGUAUUUUUUGUAUAAAAAAGUUAACAAAUUAGUUUUUAAAAUACAAAAUGUCUAAUUCUGAAUUAUUAAGCGAUCAAGGUUUGCGUUUAGACGGUCGACGUCCCCAUGAAUUAAGACGCAUCAAGUGCAAAUUGGGUGUUUUUGAACAACCCGAUGGCAGUGCCUAUUUGGAGCAAGGCAAUACUAAAGUAUUGGCCGCAGUAUAUGGUCCCCAUCAAGCGACAAGUAAAAAAUUGGAUAUAAAUGAAGUAGUUAUCAACUGUCAAUAUAGCAUGGCUACAUUUUCCACGGCGGAGAGAAAAAAUCGUCCUCGAGGAGAUCGUAAAUCACAAGAAAUUACUUUGUAUCUCAGACAAGCUUUAAGGGCCGCUAUUAAAACUGAACUAUAUCCUCGCUCUCAGAUUGAUGUUUACAUUGAGGUAUUACAAGCGGAUGGUGCUAAUUAUGCAGUGGCUUUAAAUGCCGCCACUUUAGCUUUGGUUGAUGCUGGAAUUUGUCUCAAGGAAUAUGUGGUAGCCUGUACCGCCUCGCUCAGUAAGAACAAUAUUCCACUAACUGAUGUCUCACAUCUUGAGGAGGUGUCCGGUGGCCCUACACUCACAGUUGCUUCUCUGCCCUCUUCCAAUAAGAUAGCGUUUAUGGAAAUGUCCCAGCGUUUUCAUUUGGACAAUUUGCCCAAAGUAAUGGAACAGGCUUUAGCCGGUUGUCGUGAGAUACAAGCUAUUAUGGAAACUGCCGUGCGUAAGCAUUUAAUGCAAAUGGGUUCGGCGGGAGACUGGAGUAAUAUAGCAAAAUAAACAAACAAAUGUAUAAUGGAAACCAAAAA